UUUAUCAUGUGAUCAAAAUGUCUUCGACUCUACAGCAAAAAAUAAAUGAGUUAGAACGAAGAUUGAAGCUUGAAAACAAAUCAAGGGACCAUGAUAGAACAAAACCUAUGGUUAUGGGAAAUGAUUUUCCAAUUUCGAGACCACCAAAGGCAGAGUCGGGACACCCAAGUCCUGCUAGAAGAACUAGACCUGGGCUUGGUGAAAUAGGGACUGCAUUUUCUAGACCAAGUUCUGCACCCCCUCCAGGAAGACGAAGACCAGCAGCAAAUUUAGAUUUAGGAGGAAGUAGAGCACCUAGGCAGUAUGAUGGAGCUGAAAUUGAACAGAAGUACCAAGAAAUUAUGAAAAUGACACAAAUUCUAACUUUUUUUGGGCAGAAAUAUCAAGCUGACAUUGCUGAGCUGGAAGCACGUGGAGAUCUGGGUCAUGGUACAUGUGGCCAAGUUGUUAAAAUGGAACACAAAUCUACUGGUCAUUUAAUGGCUGUUAAGCAAAUGCGUAGAUCUGGUAAUAAAGAAGAAAAUAAAAGAAUAAUUAUGGAUUUAGAAGUAGUAUUAAAAUGUACAGAUUAUCCCUAUAUAGUACAAUGUAUAGGAUGUUUUAUAACAGCUAGUGAAGUAUGGAUCUGCAUGGAGUUAAUGUCAACGUGUUUAGAUAAAUUGUUAAAAAGGACAAAAACACCAAUACCAGAGAGGAUUCUGGGCAAAAUGGCAGUUGCAAUUGUGAAAGCACUUAAUUAUCUCAAGGAAGAGCAUGGAGUUAUCCAUAGAGAUGUAAAACCAUCCAAUAUUUUGUUAGAUGAAAAUGGUACAGUUAAGUUAUGUGAUUUUGGUAUUAGUGGAAGACUUGUCGACUCAAAAGCCAAAACCAGGAGUGCAGGAUGUGCAGCAUAUAUGGCACCAGAGAGAAUUGAUCCACCAGAUCCACAGAGACCAGAUUAUGAUAUUAGAGCAGAUGUUUGGAGUUUAGGAAUAACAUUGGUAGAGUUAGCAACUGGUGAAUUUCCAUAUAAAAAUUGUAAAACCGAUUUUGAAGUAUUAACAAAGGUUUUACAAGAAGAUCCACCUCUGCUGCCACCAGGUCGAGAGUUUUCACAUGAGUUUUGUUCAUUUGUUAGAGAUUGUUUAACGAAAGAUUAUAAAAAGAGACCAAAGUAUAAGAAAUUAUUAGAACAUGUAUUUAUUAAGAAAUAUGAAAGAGAAGAUGUAGAUGUAGCAGCAUGGUUCUCAGAAGUAUCUAAAGUAAUGGCUAAAUUUGAGCCUUCAUGAUAAUGGCAUAUGAAGUUUAGUUGGUAUUUUCAUCAUAAACAAUUUAAUACAAUGCUGGUCAUUGGUUCAAGCGGGAGCUAGCCAGUGGUGUUCGGUUUUGUUUACGUGUGUGCAUGUGUGAUGCUGCUCAGAAGAUUAUCAAGAUAAACUAUGCGACUGUGAACCCAUGUGAUUGCCCAAGCUUCUAUUUUUGAUUUUCAAUUGCGUAAUGUGUAAUGGCUCAAGCAUCUGUCUGGAAAAAAAAUGAGCAAAUAUGUUGUAUUAAUGAUCUAUAAAUGGAUCCAUACGGAUUUAUGAUACCACAGAAAGUGCUUUUCUUUAAGAAUGCAAAAGUUAUUAGAUAACAAAAGAACAAAGCUACAGUGGUAUUUCAUAUAAACAAUUUUGCCUUCUUUCUUAUAAACAUUUUCAAUAUGUUAUGACAACAAAAUAGUUUAAUUUAUUUCUACAUCAAACAUUAGUUUGUUGACAGUAUCACAAGUUGAGUUCCUUUAAGAUAAAUAUUAAAGUGAACAAUUUUUUCUUGUCGCCCAUGCAAUGUUUGGAUAUCCAAUUUGAGUGACUAUGUGAGAGCUUAUAAUUUUACUGUGUGUUGUGUGUAACUACUGGAUGAAUCAGAGGAAAUUUGCAUGAAGGUCAAAGUUUAAAUAAGUUGUGAUAUAUGGAAAAAAAUAAACAGUUACAUAUGUCAUCUGUACAAUCAAAUGCCAGUAAAUCUGUUUUGACACAAAAGAAAUCAGAUGUAGUAUUUGUUCUUAAACUUGGUAUAUUAUUUGAGAGUGAGCUUGACCAAUUGUUUAUAAUUUUUCUAUUGAGAAAAGUUUCAAAUAUUUUCAGUAAUACCCUGAAUGGAAAAUUGAGCUUGAAUUAGGGUUUGAAAAAUUACAUUCUUAUGAAAUUCAUAAAAUUACAAAAGUAUUGACAACAUUAUACUAAACUGCACAUAAUUAUUUGCAGUUACAUAUGAAUAAUUUUGUGCUUGACACAUUAUAUGAGAACCAUGAGAAAAUCUAAUGCAUUUAAUACAUAGCAUCAUAAAUAUAUUGUUGCAUGAUUCCAAAUUUGGUAUCAAUGCUUCAGGUUAUCUCUAUCUAAUCUGAUUGUCAUCUAGGUCAAAGAUCAAGGUGACCACAUUUCAUAAAUUGCAAAUAACACCAAAAGAAGAAAAAAUUAUGAAUGAAUGUCACUUUGAAUUUUCAGUGUACUUGGUACAAAGCUUUCCUACGACUUUUAUGGAAUAUAAAAAGAGAUUCAUAGAAAAGUCCUGUAGGAACAACAAACUUGUUAUAUUGAUUUCAAUAUACUGUGGAUUCUAUUGGAGUUUAAUGUCACAACAUGGCAUAAUUGAAUAUGACUAUUCUAAAUUUGCAAGAAAUGUAGCUAAUGCAUUUGCUUUAAAAUUCUAUGAAACAUUUGGUUAUUGUAUAAGAAAUUGUACUGUGUACUCUUCAAUCUAUGAUUAAGUUUUUCAUUCAAAACAAAAUGCUUUAAUUUCACAUGAAUAAGGUGAUAUUUCGAAAUAUUUUACUCAUUUGAAUACAAAAAAAAGGGGGGAGGGAGAAUUGACAGAUAAAGCCAAUGCUGUGUAAUUUAUUUGAUUUAUUUGUGAUGCUCAAGUUAAAAAAGUACAUUUAUGUAUGCAUAAGAAUUCAAGAUUCCUACUCUUGAUACUUUGAAAUAUUUGGACAUUGUAUAAUUGGUCAAUAUCAGUAACUAGGAAUAUGAUAGUUUCUGAGAAUGAUGUUCAAACUUUGGAAUAUUUAGGUGCUGCUUUUGCUCUUGGAAAUUGAUGAAAUUUCUCAUCUAAUAUGAAAUCAGUUAGUUAAACUUUAAAACUUGCUGGAACCAUGUACGAAAAUGUCAUUGAAGUAAGCAAAGCUUUUGAACUACUGUACUGCAUAUUGGUAUCAUAACCAAAUUCCAAGAGGGAAUUAUAGUAAAAGCUUUUUCCUUUAGUAAUUUACUUCUUAAACUGGUUUCAAUCAUGCAAAUUCUUUUUUAAUGUGAGCUAUGUUUGAAAGUUGUCGCAGAGAUUACAGAUUUAUCAUCAUCUUUAAUCAAAGAGAAGUGCUUCCAGUAUUAUUCUCAUUUUUCUGAGAUGACUCUCAUUAACUUAAUAUUUUUUGUGGGAAAACCAUUCACGAAUAAAAAAAAAUAACAGUC